AUUAGUGUUUCAAAUAUUAAGUGGCAACAAAAUCAGGGUACUGGUGGUAAUGACAUAACUAAAAGAUAAGGAACAGAGAUAUGGAAGAAGAAUAAAUUCCAUCAGUUCUCGCGAAACCAGUCCAUUCGCCCGGCGGCGCUACCGAACGAACGACCGUGCAGCGCCGACUCGCUUGCUCUGUCAGAAAGAGACGCCCAUAGUAUCAUCUCUUCUUUCACCUGCAUUUUGCCAAUAAUUUUGAUUCAUUCAUUCAAAAUUCAGUUCACUACUCAGUCAAUUUCCGACAUUUGUUCGUUGCGGUUGUGGUUACAGUGCGGAUAAUAAAUUAAAUACCUUCACAAACGAAAACUUACAUUUUGUUUUAUUAAAAAAUAAAUAAGAAGAGAAACGCCAUGGCUGAAACGGAAAUAAUAUCUAGUAGUGAAAAUAAUGAGCAAUUUUUUGAAGGUGUUGAAAAGUUGAUCGAGAUUUGGUUUACGCCGGCCAAAAAUGCAGAUUUAAGAAAAAUCACUCGGAAACAAUGGGAAAAUGUACUCAAGAUAGUCCGCUGUGAAAUUAUCUCUUUCACACAGAGCGAGCUGGUCGAUGCUUACGUGUUGAGCGAAAGCAGCAUGUUCGUGUCGCGCCGCCGCUGGAUCCUGAAGACGUGCGGCACGACCACGCCGCUGCGCUGCGUGCGCGCCGUGCUGCAGCUCGCGCGCGAGGUGGCCGGCCACGAGCGCGUGCACAACGUGUUCUACUCGCGCCGCGAGUUCGCGCGCCCGCACGCGCAGCUCAAGCCGCACGAUAACUUCGACUCUGAGGUGGAACUGUUGGAUUCGUUCUUUGGCGAAGGGCGUGCAUACAUCAUGGGCCCAGAGAAAGACUGCUGGUACCUUUACACACUGCUGCCUCUGGAAGGUACAGUGGAUGCUUUGGAGAAGGAACAACGUGAAGUGGUGGACCGCUGCCAAUCAGAGCCCGACCAGACCAUCGAGAUCCUCAUGUCGGACCUCGACCCCGCCGUCAUGGACAUAUUCACGCGAGCUGCCUCUACAGAUGCGACCCAAGCUACCAAGGCAUCCGGCAUAGACAAAAUCAUUCCCGGGAUGGUCAUAGACGACUUCUUGUUCGAUCCUUGCGGCUACUCUAUGAACGGGGUUGCUAAAGAUGGGGAUAAGGAUAUACCAUCAGGUUGCUACAUGACCAUCCACAUUACCCCUGAGCCGGCUUGCUCAUACGUGUCGUUCGAGAGCAAUGUGCCCGCGCGGAACUACGAUGACGUCAUCGCGAGGGUUCUGGCAGCCUUCAGACCCGCCAAGUUCGUGCUUACCGUGUUCGCCACGCCUGACUCGCCAGCAGCGGACGUGCCGCGCCAACUCAAAAAGUUCUCGUCCCUCGUCGGGUACGAGCCGAAGGACUCUCAGUACGUCCAGUUCGCGGGCUACUCGCUGCACUACGCUUUGUACGCGAAGUUCCCGAGCUGAGGAGCCCUACCCGCCGCCCUGGCGCGCCUGCUCGCCUGCUGCCCCGCGCUCUUCUAAUACCCCGACAACUAGCCCCGAAUCUCUGCCAAAAUUCCACAGGAAACCACUGCUGAAACUACUAUGGGAUAGACUAAAGACUUUUAAGAAAAAAGGGCCUCGUAAAAACCACGAAUUCAAGCGAAAGACUACGAGGAAUUUUGCUUAAAGACAAACUUAAAGCUUUAGGUGAUAAAGGCUCCCUUAAAACUAUUAAACCACCAGGGAAUUCUCAUGAAAUUACAAUGGGACAAACGUAGAACUUUAGAUGAUAACAGCCCCUAAAAACUACAAAGCAACCAUGGUAUUCUACUAAAACUACCAUUAGAUUCUACUUAAGCUACCAUGGAACUCUACCAUGCUUUCUAAAAGAACUACCAAAAUCUCUAGGAAUACUACUAAAACCCCUUAGAAACUCUACCAAAACAUUUUCGAAUUCCCUCCGUCUAAUCAGUGAUGUACACAAUACUUUAAAACUUCGCGAUAAUUUGCCUUUUCUUAUAUAUAGUAAAAAAUACCAGGCCAUUACUUUAUAGUGGUGUGCUAGUUACUUUAUUAAACUUAGUCGAUCGAUUCAGACCACAUAAACAUUCCCAAUUCGUGUCUCUUGUUAUUAUUAAGGCUAUUGAAAUGCCGUCUCUUGUGGUACCGAAUGGUCGUAUAGUAAAUUAAGUGUUAGAGUGGAAAUAAGAAAGCAUUUUUAACCGCAGAGAACCCUUUUGUCCCGUUUAUUCAUAAGUCGUAGAUGUCGACUUUGAUUUUUCAGAUACGUUCCGAACGUAGAUAUUCCCAUCCCUUUAGUAGAAGUGAGUUAAGGACGAAAAAUGUCUUCGGGCGUUAGUGAUGUGAUAGCGAACGUUCCUUCUAUCGAAUAUUCCAAUUUAUCGUUAAGUCUAGUAUCGAUUAAGGAUAAAAUUUAAACUUGGACGUUUCGAUCCACGAUUCCCUCGUAAGAGUUCCCUUCGGCAGCGAAUUUUUAAUUAUUGAUUAAUUAUUGACUUGUGAUAAUGAUUGUUGUGCUGCGUGAAGGGUUAACGCGCGGUACUUAGUACCUGAAUCUCGGACGGAAAAGUGCCGGGAUCCUUGUUGUAUAAAUCUGAUACACCGGGCGCGGGUGACCCGGGCAUUAGACGUAGGCGGGUCAGGUCGUACUUACAAGCAUCCGAUCCGACCCAAUCUAUAACUUAGUUUAAAGGCCCGGCUAAGAACCUCCAUUGCUGGGAUCAAUUCUGGAAACUUAAAUUUUCGAUUGAACACUCUUUUUCCGUGCAGGAUUGAACAAGGAUCUUUUAGUUGCGCUAUUUGAAAGUAGGCAUUAAAGUUUGAAAUUAAUUCGUAGCUUUUGAAAACAAAAAUGUGGUUUCCUAAACAUUUUUAUAGUUUUCGAUUAUCGAUAUAAAAACGGCUUACUGCUGCCAUCCUUAUUCAAUCUUGCAGAACUUUGUAGCUUCAUGAAUGAUAUGUUAUACACCAUGUAUUUUGAGUUACCAGAGAAACAUUACCAUGUAAUUCAGACAACGAUUUAGGUUAUAUUUCAGCAAAAAUAUUUUUUUUUCUCUUCUCUGUGUGAAAUCUUAACAAUUGUAAUUGUUAUAAAAUAAUUUAAAGAGAAAUACUUUAAGGAUCUGUGUACUUUAAACGGAUAAUAAUUCCAUAAUAGGUAUGUAAUUACAAAUUUGUGUCGUUUUACGAUAUUUUGUAAUCGAUAUAAAUCAAUAUUUUUGUAUGAGGCUCGUUACUGUUGAUAACUGUACAAACUAUGUUUAAGUUUCUCGGGUACCUCAAAAUUAACAGUGUAUAUAAAAAAUUGUUCUCAAAUGGAGCGUAUAAGAUAAGAAAUGAAUGUAUAUAGCAAAUAGCAUAGGCCGGGCCAGGUCGCAGGGUGUCGUGUUGUCGUAGCGUCGUAGCGCCGCCGUAGCAGCAGCGUAGCGUAGAGGCGGCGAGCGCGCGGGCCCGAUGACAGACAGACGGACUGUCGGUCGGGCGCCGCACGCAACAGAUUUAUAAAUCAAAAUAAAGAUUUCAUCUCAG